UUCGUUGGAUUCCUGACGCUUCCACCCGCUUUUCCUCUGCGCCAGCCCAUCGACGCUGCUCCAAUUCUAGCGGCUCCAUAGACCGCUCCCCUAGCCCGUAACCUGCCUCCAUGGGUUCCUCACCCAAUCGAGAACUGAGUGGACAUGGGUGAUGAACUUCCUUGGGAUGGGGCUGUUUUUCACUGGGAAGCGAUGAUGAGCGACCCAGAUUCGGCACUGGUGUCCCCACCACUCCCCUUCAAGACGGAGGGAACUUUUCAACACAUGAUUGACUCUGCAUCGGCUACGAGUCCACUUACUCCAACUACUCCAUUGCCAGCGGCUCCACGGACCAUUCCCACAGUCUGUAACCCAGCUCCACGGCCUCACUUGAUCUGGGACAACUGGAUGGACGUGACUGGCGUCCCCCCAAAGGAGAGUGCUAAUGAAUCUGGGAAGGACCAAGAUGGCCUCUUCAUUCGCUCCGGUCCACUUGCUCCAACUACUCCAUUUCCAGCCGCUCCACCGACCGCUCCUCUAAUCCGUAACCCAGCUCCAUGGGCUCCUCACAUGGACAACCUGGUGGACAUCGCCCCAAAGGAUUGUGCCGCGGCUCCUUAG